GCUUGACGACGUGAUUCUGUGGCCACCAGUAUUGUGAUGGAAUUGGGCGAUCGCGGUAGUGCAGCACAACGCGCUCUAGUGCAGGCUUAGGUUUGGGAGGGUCCUCUUCACAACUUCGAAGCAGUGGUGCAUUUGUAAGAAAUAGAGAAAAAGAGAAUAUUUCGGUGCUCAAUAUAAGGUGUGGAGUGAUACGUUUGAAGGGUGCUCUUACUCAGUGAUGCGUCGUGCUUGUGCUGGAAGAUCGCUUUAAGCAUCAUGGUGCGUGUUUGGUUCUGUUGGACACUGCUUGGAGCGUUGUUCGUGAGCGGUCAGAUCAGUGAUCUUCGUUAUACUGAGACGAGCAAUGAUAACCUAUCGGAGGCGAUCCAGUUUUUGCGUGAGUUUGAUCGUGAAGCAGCGGAAAUGUGUAACCGUGUAGCGAACGCGGAAUGGCGCUUCUCGACCAACGGCACCGAAUAUAACAAGCGUCGUAUGCGCGAACAGCAAAACCUAGCCUCGAAGCUGGAGUGUAUCAGUUGGCGCCGAGCAGUGUCGUUCGAUUCGUCACGCAUCGCCGACACCAGCAUACGGCGUCAGCUGGGCCGGAUUGUGCAGCAGGGCCGCUGCGGGCUGGGUGAUGGUAAAUAUGCGGAACUGCAGCAUGUGCUGAUGCUGCUGAAAGACAACUACAACGGUGCCAAAGUGUGUCCCUUUCGACGCACCGCAUCGGAGGCUACCGAUUUGGGGGCCUUCUCGUCCGCGGCUGGUGGAUAUCCGAGCUCGAACUACGUGUCAGCCUUCACGGGGUACUGUGAUCUGAAGAUUAGUCCCGAUUUGACGCGCAUCAUGGAGACGAGCCGAUCGGAACCGGAGCUCCGGUACUACUGGGUAGCGUGGCGGGAAAAGACGGGUCCUCCGGUGAAGAACACCUUCAUGCGGUAUCUGAACCUAGCGAACCAGGCAGCGGAACAGCACGGGUUUCACGAUGCCGGCGAACAGAUGCGAUCGGUGUACGAGGAUGGCGACUUUUUCUUCACCGUGAAUGAUCUCUGGGGUCAGCUGCAGCCGCUGUACAAGCAGCUGUUUACGUUCGUAAGGAAGGGUCUGAUUCGUCACUAUGGAGAGCACGUGGUCCGACGCGACGGUCCACUGCCGGCCCAUCUUCUCGGUAACAUGUGGGCACAGAAUUGGCGCCAUACGAUCGACAUCGUUAAGCCGGGACCACCCGAAACGCCCGACGUGUCGGGGGAGAUGGUUCGGCAAGGUUACACUCCGAUGAAGAUAUUUCAAACGGCGGAAGAAUUCUUCACCUCCAUUGGACUGUCCCCGAUGGCGCCGGAGUUCUGGCGCAACUCCGUGCUUCAGAAAUCGCCCGACGGUCAGCAGUGCAGUGCGUCUGCAUGGGAUUUUUGCAAUAAGGUGGACUUUCGCAUCAAACAGUGCACGCAGGUGACGUUGGAAGAUUUCAUCGGGGCGCACCACGAGAUGACUCACAUCCAGUACUACAUGCAGUACGCGAGUCAGCCAUUCCUGUAUCGCGAGGGUCCCAAUCCUGCGUUUCACGAAGCUCUCGCCAACGCUAUUACGUUGAGCGUUGGUGGUCCGGCUCAUCUGCAGAAGAUCGGGCUACUGAAUAGUCCGGUGACGGUGGCGAACGGCAACUCGAUUGUUAACAUCGAGUAUCUGCUAAACUUGGCGCUGGACAAGCUACCGUUUAUGGCAUUCAGCUUGGCGCUGGAAAAGUGGCGUUGGUACGUCUUCGAGAAGGGCCCAGUCGGGAUGAAUGCACGCUGGUGGGAGUUGCGGCUUCGCUACCAAGGAGUCAUCCCUCCGACAGGCCGAGGCUUCGAACAUUUUGAUGCCGGCGCAAAGUACCAUGUAAUAUCCGAUCAGGAUUACAUCAAAUACUUUGUGGCCACCGUGCUUCAGUUUCAGAUUUACUCCGAACUGUGCCAGGCGGCACAACAUUACGGUCCGCUGCAUACGUGUGACAUCUACCGGUCGCGUGAAGCUGGACGAAUACUAAGCGACGUCAUGCAGCAAGGAGCAUCCUUAUCGUCGGCACAGCUGAUCAAGCUGCUAACGCGUGGCAAAACAUCCCGCCUGUCCGUUGAUCCUCUGUUGGAGUUUUUCCGACCGCUCGAAGCAUGGCUUGAGGCACAAAAUCGUGACGAACAGAUCAUAGGCUGGAGCUCAACGAUGGAAGAUGUCGCGCUGUUUCAGCCUCUGCUGGGAAGAAAUACCGGACAGGCCGCCGGGAAGAAAACGCCAAACCUCGCAUUACUGAUCCCGCUGCUUGGAUGUACGGUUACGGCGAUUAGUUUUACAUAUUAGCACGGUAACAUGACGUGUCACUAAUGCUUGUUGUGAUUGAUUGUAGAAUAAAUUGUAAAUAAUAUCUCUCA